CAUUUCCUCCCAUUCUAAUUCACCUUGAGUGAUCUCAGUUCUUGUUCUUCGUCGAAAUGUCGUCCUUGUUUGCUCGCUUGGCAUUGCCCCGCGCUAGCUCGCUCAUCCUGGCCAGCCGACCGGUCGCUGCCCGCGCUCUCUGCUCUGCCGCUUCUAUUGCCCAAGCUCGGCUCCCCGCUGCUGCGGCUCCUGCUGCUGCUCGUGCCGCUUCGCCCUUCUCGAGCAUGAUGCUGCGAGCUCCGGUGACCUCCGCAGCUCACACCCAGGCACGGACACCCGUCGCCUUCGCAUCCACUUCCGCUCCUGCAGCGUCCCACGGCAAAGAGUCCAGCCACUGGAAGUUUGAGCGCGUUGUUGCCAUUGGCCUGCUGGUCGCCAUCCCGACCGCCGCCGUCUACCCGCACAUUGCCGUCGACAUGGCUCUCGCUCUGCUGCUUCCCAUUCAUGGCCAUUUCGGUCUCCACCAACUCAUCACAGAUUACGUGCACCCCAAGCCUGCCAUCUUCUUGGCAAACAAUGCCCUCAGGAUUCUCACGCUCGCCACCGCUGCCAGCCUCAUCUACUUUAAUCUUUCGGAUGUUGGCAUUACCCAUGCUGUGAAGGCACUGUGGAGCCUGUGAGCGUUGACUGCCUCCUUUUAGUUUCGAGCUGUUGUUGUUGUUGUUGUUUUUUUGCUGCUAUCGUGUGGCGAGCCCAACAGCGGUUGUGUAACGAGUAAAAAGGCUGUCUUUGAACACCUGG